AUGAAGGCAUACUGGUACGACAACAUCGAGGGCGACCAACGUCUCCCCCACGACAGCGGACGUCCCGUAACCCCGACCGACCUCUCCAAACUCGGAAUAAUCUGCCACAACUACCCAGAUCUCUCCUCCGUAAACGCCCUCGCCGCAUCCAGAAACUACAAGAACCGCGACGAAGUCACAAUCUCCCCCACCACAUUGCCAAACUACGAGGAAAAAGUCAAAGUCUUCUUCCACGAGCAUUUGCACGAGGAUGAGGAGAUUCGCUAUAUUUUGGAUGGGGCUGGGUAUUUUGAUGUGAGGAGUGAGGGUGAUGAUUGGAUUAGGUUGAGGUUGGAGAAGGGCGAUUUGGCUAUUAUGCCUGCUGGGAUCUAUCAUCGCUUUACUGUUGAUGAUAAGAAUUACACCAAGGCCAUGAGACUGUUCAAGGAUGAGCCCAAGUGGACACCCCUGCAGCGUGGUGCAGAGACCGACGAGAACAACUUCAGAAAGGAAUAUCUGAAGGGUCGUCAAGAGGGUACUAUCCUCUCUGCCUAA